AUGUCGCGCCGCGAGAGCGACGCGUCCGCCAGCGCGAGCGACACCAGCGACGACGACGACGACGGCGGCAUCUUGGCGACGAUCAAGAAUCAGAUCAGAGCGGACGAGGAGAGAUUCAAGCGCGAGGACGAGGUGAUCCGGGCUCGCGGCGGACCCUCCCCGGCCGCCGCCGCGCCCGUCGCGCCGCGGCGGCAGAUGACGACGGCGGCGACGCGGCACGUCGCGCCGCCGCAGCGGCGAGGAGGCACGCCGAUCUCGGUCCCCGGUCGCGCGCCCAGCGCGAGGGCGAACCCGGCUCGAGCAGUGGGCACCUCGGUCGCCGGCGGCGUCCCGCCGCGUCCUGUCGCGGUUCGCGAGCCGUCGCGCGCGACGACGACGACGAGCGCGUCCGGGCUGGGACCCGCGGCGACGGCGCUGAUGAAGGAGCUCGAGGACGUGCUCGCGGACGACGACGCGUUCAAGCCGAGACGCGCGACGACGGCGGCGGCGGCGGCGAAAGACGCCGCGCCGGAGCCGGAGUGGAGGGCGUCGAUGUCGAGCGCGGCGGCGACCGCGAGGGAGAUUACCAGGGGCGGGGAAGAGCUCAGGGAGAGGGUCGCCGCGGCGAGAGGCAAGGUGAACACGUUGAGCGGCAGCGCGGACCUGCUUCGGGAGAUCGAGGCGAUGACGAAGGAGCUCGGCGACGGCGUCGAGAGCUUUGGACGCGAGCUCAGAGAGGUCGCGAAGCUGAACGACGUUGACCUCGGCGACUGA